AUGCACCUGAUAUCUAGCCUGAAGGAGUGGUGGAACGAAUUGAAGGUCUGGAAGAGGGUGGCCCUGCUGGUCUCCGUCGCUGCCCUGAUAUUCACCAUCCUCGCCUUGUACGCCACCUUUACGGCCAACCACUUGGCGGAAAGGUCCAUCGAGCUACAACAAUGGUCAAACAAUGUGAGUUGGUUUAGCUACUUAGCCGCCCUGGAGGGCAACCGCAUCUCGUUGAUGCAAUUCUGUGUUAAUAAUUCUGCCGCCGUGGGCUGCGAAAAUGUCGUUACUUGGAGUACCAAGAGAGCGUACUUGAACACAAGCCUCGUGCCUAAUCUGUACCCACCUGAUCCGCUCAACACAUCGGCUGGUGCCACAUCCGAGGACGCCUUGAUCGUGCCAAAAACCCUCCUUGCUACGAAAGCAGGGAAGUCUUUUGUUGCCGGCAGCUUUAUCGGGUCGUUCUCCCUGAUUAGUGCCAUUGUGUUUGCAUAG